AUGUUUAUCUUAGUCAGUUUUGCUGCUGUUUUAGCUGUAGUUGCAGCCAAACCUAGUGUUUAUGGAGAGAAUGUUCUUCCAUUAUCAGUUCCAGCUGGACCAGUUCAUGUGCCAGCAGUUGUUAGUUCUUCAUUCCGUAAAGAUGUUAUCCAUAAACCUACUGUAACUUCUUACACCGCACCAGCUGUUAUAGGUCACAGAGCUGUUGUUGAUAGUGUUCCAUUGCCAAUUGUAGAAAAGACCUUUGUCCAACCAGCUCCAAUUGUAGAAAAAACAAUUGUACAACCACCACCGAUUGUGGAGAAGACAGUAAUCCAACCAGAAUCCAUCGCUCACACUUACAGAAAAGACGUAAUUGGUAAACCUGUUAUCUCAAUCCAUACUCCAGAAGUCGUAGCUCCAGUAGUAGCUCCACUUGUUGAGAAAACUAUUGUUCAGCCUGCUCCAGUUGUACACAGGACCUUGGUACAACCAGCUCUUACUCAUGCUUAUUCCGGAUAUGUCUCACAUAAUCCAAUUCCUUUGAACCCAUUAGGAGUUGCCCCUCAUUAUAGAAGAAAUUACUAUUGGUAA